AAAGGAGCGCGUUACUGUAUAAAAGCGAGCUGAAGUUCUGGUUCUGCUACAGAAUCCUCCUCGGUGGGAAGGAACGCAGCAAACAUUUACGGAGCGGAAGUAAUAACUGUUGUUUAAAGGCACAAAUCUUCGAAGUCGCCAACGUGGGAGCGAUCGAGAGCGUGUUUAGCGUCCGUCUCCGGAGGAAGCAGGCAUUGCAUUAUGCAACAGCGCAAAGCAGCGCCGCUGGGGGCGCGUAACGCGAGCCAGCGCACGAGCCGCGGGUCCGAGAGACGACGCCCGCGCGAGGCGAGCGGGUCUGGAUGCUGAGAUGUCCGCUCGGUGAGCGGCAGCGGACCGACCCACGCACUCAGCCGGAGUCCGGUUCGGUUCGGAGCCCGAGCUCAGCGCGGCGCUGUGCGUAAAACCCGAGCGGCUCGACGCGGCGGCGGUGCCACGGGCGACGGGGCUCCGAGGGCAAAGUCCACCCUCACGCUCUCCCAGUAACGGCCCAGUAAACGGAAGCGAGCCGGGGCGGCGUCGCGACGGCCGUCUCCCAGCUGUGACCAUGUAAAGUACAAAGCCGGCGCCGUCCGUCUCCAUCGACUCAGUUGCGCCGAGGAACGAUGCUGAGCGAACCCACUACAGCUUUCGAACUCCUGGACUCCAUCCUCUGAGCCUCUGUUCGUCCGAACCCGUCACCAUGGAGAGCCUCAGUGAGCUCCAGAACCCUCUGCUCGACAAGACCGGCAGGGACCCGCUCCGAAGCGACCGCCAGGACCACCCGGACCUCCAGAACCGGCCGUACCGAGACCACCUCCUCGGCUGCUACUACGGCGGCGCCGAAGAGCCCAAGAGCCAGCAGGUCCUGGACGCGACCUCGCUGCAUCUGGCCGUGGAGGCCUUCUACGGACCCAGCCUCAUCCUCUACAAGGACGACGUGAGCCUGCACAGCAAGGACUCCAAGAGCGAGAGCUUCGAGACCACGUUCACCGAGACCAAGGACCCGGAUCUGGAUCUGGACGGAGGCGCGGUGGAAAACGCCGCGGACAGAACGCAAGGCGCGAAGGACGCGCAGAUCCAGACGGUGUCGUACGAGGUGGAGGACGAGCCGGCGCCGGAGUACGAGAGUGACAGCUCCAGUGACAGCGAGAGCGAGGACAACUUCCUGGUCCUGCCGCCGCGGGACUACCUGGGUCUGGCCAUCUUCUCCAUGCUCUGCUGCUUCUGGCCCUUGGGCAUCGUUGCCUUUUACUACUCUCACAAGACUGGCAAGGCCAUCACUAAGGGAGAUUUCUCCCGAGCGGGGAUGAGCUCCCGGAGAGCCCUCUUCCUGGCUGCUCUUUCCAUCACCAUUGGAACGGGGAUGUACGUGGGGGUGGUCGUGGCCCUUAUAGCAUAUCUGUCCAAACCUGGACGCGUAUAGCACCAGACUCGGAGCACCAGGUUCGCAUGGAGUGAGGCAAAAAGACGACACGGAAGAGGAAACAACAAGGCUGGGCAGAUGUCACUCACUCCUGAGGCAGACGCCCAACGUUGUGCAAGAGGAAAGUGUUCAAGCACAGGGAGAGAGAAGAAAACAAGAUGUGUGGAAGGAGUAUUACUUGGACUGAAUAUUGAUCUAGACUCAAUCUCUAUUUCUGAGAUGCAACACUCCCACUAAGGUAUUCCACCACCAUCACAGGAGGAAGAGGAGCCCGUGCUGAGAAGGUUUACCACUCCUCCAGACUGUGUACACACAGGAUGAGCUCAUCACAGUAAAUGACCUUUAGCACCAUAUUCAUAGCUUUAUUUUACCUUUACAGUAGAUGUUUUCUGUCUGUACUGUACAAAUAUGCAUUGUCCACAUAGCUGAAUGUCACUCACCCGGUGGGUUCAUGUGUGAAUGUCUAAACACGAUCUACUCCUCUGUAUAUAACGUUCACGCACACAGACAGUGGAGCACUAGUCCCAGUCAGUUGUGGAUGUUGGACACAGCCAGUGGGAACAAAGGUGUUGUACGAGUUCACACGCAAAGCGGCUCAUUUGUUCUAACUGUGUACUGUGAAUUCAUUCAAUAAACACAUUUGGCAUGAA